AUGGGUAUUGCAUCUUUAUCCCGCUCCGAUCUCUCCGACCAUGCAAAUUGGUCUGCGAUGAGUACCAAUUAUCAAGUUCCCGGAGGCCAAGGCUACGACAACUUCGACCCCGAUGACUCUUUUGCCAUGGCGCGAAUAAUCCCGACGAAGGACAACGAUACCGCCGGCGGCAGCGGCGGCGGUGGUGACGAUGACAUCAGCGCGUCGCAGAAGAUGGUGUCGGCAAUGUCGGGUAGUCUCUUGACUUCGCUUCUUGUAACACCGCUCGAUGUUGUACGGAUACGAUGGCAGUCUCAGACCGUUACACCGCCCACUGUGGACUUUUCCAAGCUCGCUAUGACGACCGCCAACCUGAAAGCUUUCAAUACUAAAAAUCUCGGAGUGACGGCAUGCUGCAGAGAGGUCUUCUUCAUGAACAACUCAUCCGAGCUUUGCAUAGCAAUGCCAAAGGCGGAGGGAACGGCAACCGCGGUGGCGGCUGAAUGUGCCGUCGAGGAGGUGGAACGAAAGACAAUCAGCUCGACUAUGGACGGACUGAGGAAGAUUGCGAGGAAUGAGGGGUUUACCAGUCUCUGGCGGGGUCUAUCUCCGACAUUAUUAAUGACGAUACCUGGCAACAUCAUCUACUUUACUGGCUACGACUGGAUGCGGUACAAUAGGAAGAGCCCGAUCGCACAAAGACUCAACGACGAUUCCGCGCCUCUCGUCGCUGGCUCUGGAGCCCGUAUUCUUGCUGCCGCGGCUGUCAGUCCGAUCGAGUUGUUUCGUACAAGAAUGCAAGCCACAUCUGGCAACUCCGCGACAGGUCAUCUUGCAAACACAUUCCGGGGUAUCAAGGACAUGGUCAAUAUAAGCGGUUACACCUCUUUAUGGAGAGGCUUGACCUUGACACUUUGGAGAGAUGUACCCUUUUCGGGUAUUUACUGGUGGGGAUACGAGACAAUACGGGGGAAGCUGACCGACAUGCGUGAGACCCGCCGUGGACGAACUCUGGACCUCAGAGGUUCACGUACCCAGUCGCGCAGAAGAUCUCAGAGCCGAGAAAACCACACAGAGACCCUGACCGACAGCUUUAUUGCUGGUGCUGUCUCUGGCGGUUUUGCGUCUAUAGUCACGAUGCCGUUUGACGUGGGCAAGACCAGGACGCAAGUCUACCGCGACGCCCCCAACGCUGCCAAGUCGGCCGCAGCCGAGCAAGGCUCUAUGGUACGCUUGCUCUGGCACAUCUUUUGCACCGAGGGCAUCCAAGGUUUGUGGAAGGGAUGGAUCCCCCGUACCUUGAAGGUUGCCCCAGCCUGCGCCAUCAUGAUCAGCAGCUACGAGGUUGGCAAGCGGGUGUUUAGGAGUGUCAACGAGAAGUCGAGGCGGGAUAUUAACUAG